AUGUCCACGCGCCGCUAUCGAUCGGCUGCUGCCUGUCAAAACUGCAGGCAGCGCAAAGUCCGUUGUAGCGUGACGGUGACCGGCGUCCCGAUGCGUGAAAAACAUGCACGUCGAGCUGCGUCUGCAGUCAGCAGCCCGGUCAAUACGCACCCUACCGGGAUGGUCUCUCAGUCUUCGACUUCAGUGGAUGCAUUUCCAGAUGCCUCUCAGGUGCAAAAUUUUAUUCGACCUCCAGUAGCUGUCGCUAGGAGUGUGUCUCAUCCCCCGGAAUAUCCGCAUCGCCGUGAUGAAGAGCAGACCGGCGUUGAGAUCGCAACCAAAGUUCUGGGGGGAAACAACAAAAAUGGCCAAGCGCCAUUCUAUACUGGUGAUUCUCCUGGAUUUGGUGGUGUCUUCGAUAUAUGUUCAUCUCCCCGGCAGCCUGUACAAAGGCACAUCUUACUCACUUCCAAAACAUCGACCAAAUUAUCCCCUGAAGAUAAAGAAUACCUGCAAUACAAGGGUGUCUUCAAUUUGCCUCGGGAGAAGACUUACAAUGAGCUUCUGCAGGCAUAUUUUCAUCAUGUGCAUCCCCUUACGCCGGUGGUAGACGCUACCACGCUUCCACAAUUAUAUCCGUCCGGAGAUAACCCACAACAUAAUUUGCUACUGAUAUGGAGCAUUUGCUUUGUUGCGGCAAAUUAUAUCUCGGCCGAUACUUGGAGACUAGAGGGCUUUUCGUCCAGAAAGGAUAUGAAGGACUCUAUGUAUUCUCGGGCAAAGUGCUUGCACUAUAUUGGCGGCGAAACAGACCACACGGUUCUCCUACAAUCGGCGCUACUCUUGGGAUUCUACCACUCUGAAGCUGAUACCCACACACAACCAUGGUAUUGGCUUGGGGUAGCAAUCAGCCUUUGUCAAUCAAUUGGGUUGCAUCGUUUCUCUAGUGCAGUCUGCGCCACUUCGCCUAUCCCCGAGCAGCAACAGCGUCUUUGGCGUCGUCUUUGGUGGACCUGUGUCUUCCGAGACCGUUGGCUCAGUCUUACAAUGGGUCGUCCAUUGAGAAUCAACAUGAAUGACUGUAACACGAUGAUGCCUUCUGCAGAUGAUAUGCUAAGUGAUUUUGUUGAAUUACCUGGGUCUGCCGCGUAUAUCCCGAAGGAUUUGCCACAGCUGGCGGACUAUUGGGUCACAAUGAUACAACUCACUCAGCUUUUGGGAGAUACUCUGACCUUGAGCUAUCAACCGUUUGGGCCCAGCCCGUCUUUCCAACAGGUUGAAGAGCUCGAGCGAAAGAUUAUGCUUUUCCAACUCCCAACCAACCACGACACAGGAUCAAGUCCGUUUGCGACCUUUUACUUAUACCACCUUGAGCUUCAUUACCAAGCAUUCCUUAUCACCUUUUAUCGCCCGUUCAUUACAAAGACACCCGAGGGGCUACCAAUACCUCGCCAGAACUCAUGGCAAAGUCACGUCCGAAACUCAAUUGACACCGCUGCGCUACAGACAAAUGCUGUACUAGACAGUCUAGUCCGUGAGAAGCUGCUAGAUUUUUCUGGCCCCAUGACGCCACCACUAUUAGUGCCAGCCAUGCAUGUCCACCUUCUAAAUUGCAAAUCGCCCGGUCCCCUUUCUCGGCGUCUAGGUCUCAACAAACUAGAAUUGUGCAUGAUGGUUCUGGAGCAAAUGCAACACACCCACCCAUCCUCUUCAUUGUUCCGGGGUAUGUUCCUAGCAGCUAUUCAUCACAUUUUCCCAAGCUAUGUGGCCCAGUCUACCAUACCAGAGCUGGCUUCAUCUGAAUCUUCACUACCACAGGAUAUUUCGGUCGAUGACCCUAUGGCUGGAAUAACUAUAGGUGAAGAUGCUAUUGACGCGCUGAUGGAUGAGGUUUCGAUUUUCAAUUUCUGGGAGUCCCUUAACAGCAUGCAAACAUAG